AUGUCCGACCUUCCACCAAGAGGUCGGGGCGCGAGGCCCCCUGGGGCAGUUUCUAGGAGCCGUUGUGGGGGGGACUCGGGCUCUGCCCCACCAGCAAUACCACCAUCGGUCGCUGGCUCAUCGUCUUUUGGCGGUGAUGCCUCGCCAAUCUCACCAGACCCUACCUCGACUAGGGCCACAUACUCGACAGUUGUGCUAGCUCGAUCUCACCACACGUCACCCUGCCGCAGGUCCCGCUCCACCACGGGUUCCGCCCAUUUGUCCGCAGAUGAGUCUGACUCAGGGACGGCCCACCCCCAGGAGAUGGAGGUUGAGGGCACUCAGGGAGGGGAGGAGGUCUUGAGGGACCCCUCCGUCGACCUUCUUCUAGGUCAAUACGCCUUGAAGUUCCGAGACACAGUCGAGGAUCUUCCUGGCGAUCUUGAGGUAUUGACCACCUCCAUUGCGAAGGCCACAGACUGGGUUCUGCAGGCCGUGCACCAUGAUCUGCUCUCCAUUGAUGGGGGCGAUGCUUUCGUGGCCCAGAUGACGUCCUUCGUGAACGCCGUCAUGGCCACUGACUUUAGUCGUAUUCGCGGGCCAGGCGAACUCGACAACUUCUCACUCGCCUCUCUCCUUGAGGCUGAGACAUCUUCCAAGGACGAGCCAACCAUCCAUCCGGCUCCCGUAUUCAGGCCUCCUCCUCCUGCUGCCUGUGGGCCGCUUGAUGAGGGUGUCAUUGAUGUAGGGGCUCCACCCAACGUCCUCAUGCAGGCACUGGACGACCUUGGUCACCUGGCCUCCCCUUCUCGCAUCCCUGCUUCCAAGAAGCAUAAGGGUGUCAAUCGUCCGGUUCCACCUCCUCCGCAGAAGAAGAGCAAGGUGGCCUACUCACGCCCUGCCCCGUCCAACGACGUGGGCAGGGAUCGCACGACAGGCCGCUCCGAUGCCUCCCCCGCCUCCUGGCUUGGGACUGCAGCGUCAUGGGCCUUCUCCUCCCCCUCCCGCAUUCCCGAUGGGCCCAAUGAAGACUUCGCCUCAUUGACCCGGAAGCAAGUUCUCGUGUCGUUUGGGGGUAUCCCUCCCGACCUCACGAAAUUCUUCACCGAGUCGGCUGUUCAUGCAGCCAAUGGGUAUCUCAGAGAUGGUCGAUCUAUGUUGAAGGUCACCUCUAUCGUCCACGCCUACGACAGUUUGUUGUUGGUCACCCCCGCUGUUGCCAGCCCGUCCAACCUGGACAUACUGCGUAACUUCAUCCGUGAAAGCCUCCCGACGGGUACCCCGUUUGAGGUCGCACUCCCAUUGUCGACAUCUUUUAUAAAGAUACUUGAUGUUCCUUACUUCGAUCCAAAAGAGCUGAAGAUCACCCAGGAGGCGCUUGAAAAGGCCCUCCGCACCUUGGUUCACGCUGAGGUCUUUGCUUAUCUGAGCACCAAGCCUCGGAUCGACCGCAACUCAGCGCACUCCACAUCGUGCACCGUCUACUGCAACAUUUGGGACUCCCAGCAGGGAACCCACGCCAAGAAGGCCUUAAGCCAACCAAUCUUCCUCACUGGGUGGUCCUGCGCAAUCAGGCCUGCCACACGACACACCGGGGUUCCGCUAUGCCAGCGCUGCUGGAAGUGGGGCCACCCCACCGUCGCCUGCAAGGCAAAACAACUCUCUUGCCCUAUCUGCUCGGGGCCACAUGAGCAGAAGGAGCACCGCCAACAUGCGGGAUGUUGCAAGGGCAACGCAAAAGUGAAACCUCCUGUGCCGCCCACCCCUCACGACCAGCCCUGCCCCUAUAAGGGCCGCUGUGUCAAUUGCCAUAAGGACCAUGCUGCCAACUCGGCCUUGUGCAAGUUCUGGGCCCAUCGCUACGACCGUGAGUGGAUCAUGGCCAAGUAUUGUCAGACUAAUGUUGGGAAACCAUCAGGAUCUAAGCACACACCGUCCACCAUUGGUAUGGAGGGCGAUGAGGUUAUCGGCGCACCAAAGCAUCCCGACUGGCUGCAAAUGGUGCGCAUUAAGGAAGGGGAAGUUCCCCGCGUGAUCGCCUACGUUUCGACUAGGCUCUCCUGCUAUCAUCCCACUAUGUGUUGCGACAUUGUUGACCAUCGCGACAUCCUCGUCCUCUCCCUCUUCAGUGGGGGUGAGGUUCUUAACUUAAUGAAUGUAUACUCUGACGAUCAACACACAGCCAUUGAGCACCUUGCUGCUCAUGUGCAUUCUUUACCACCUUUCAUCUAUAUGGCUGGUGACUUCAACUGCGUGUCGACAACUUGGGAUGACUAUGAGCAUGGCGAGUCGUCGACGGCAAUAUCCCUGCGGGACUCUGCAUCUCAGAUCGGCCUCGAGUGGGCACGACCUUCCAACCAUGGACCGACGAGGAUCAGUCCUAAUCCAAACCAGAGAUCCAAUGUGUUGGAUCUUGUAUUCUUAGCUCCAUCUGAGAUUCUAAUCUCGAUGCCCAGAUUGGAGCACGAUCUCCAGGGUCCAUCAGAUCAUGUUCCGAUCUGUACAGAUCUUGAUAUCGGUCCCGAACUGCCCGGAUCUGGGCGAAGGACAAUUAAACCUGGAAGCGAGGCUGAAAAGUCUUUCAUUUCAGAUAUUCUGCGGGAUCUUGCGGCUAUUCCUGUCGCAGCCCCGGCAACCAAGGAAGGCGUUGAAGCUUUAGCUGAUGCUAUCGCAACAGCGUUCUCAGACACCUGGCUUGCCCAUUCGACUGAGUCCAAACCUACCAAGCGCUCCAAGUCCUGGUGGACGGACGAGUGCUUGGAGACAUUUGGAGUAUAUCAGUUGAGCCGCUCGCUCGCUGAUUACAACAAGUUUAAGAAGGCGUGUAAGAACGCCAAGUGUGAUUUCUUUGAUGAACACAUCGCAGAAAUGGCUACCUCUCGCAAGCACCCAUGGGACCUAAUGGAAUGGGUCAAACAGCACAAGCUACCACCCUGUGAGGCUAUUCGCAAUGGCGACCAGCCUUGCCACGAUAUGGACGACCUCUGGGACGCCCUCCACGGCAUGUACAACUUGGCCUCUGGUCGUGAGUACGACGCCUCUGUCUUAGAUGAGCUUCCCGACCAGCCGGUCCGUGAGUGGGCUGACUUCUCGGAGCAUGAGUUGUUGAGUGCCCUAAAGGGGUGCUCCAACUCCUCUGCACCAGGACCAGACCACAUUACAUGGGUCCACCUAAAGGAGCUGCUCAAGGAUAAACACGUCCUUGCGCUCUUCAUCGUGUUGGCUAAUGCUUGCCUUCGGGUGGGUCAUUGGCUGCGUAUAUUCAAGGAGUCGCUCUCGGUUAUCGUUCCGAAACCGAAUAAGCCCUCCUACACAGUCCCAAAGGCCUUCAGGCUGAUCGUCCUCUUCAUCACUUUCGGUAAACUUAUUGAAAAGAUGAUUGCCAACAGGAUACAGUUUGACGCCGUCAAGCAUGAUAUCUUCCAUCCCAACCAACUUGGCGGUAUCCACCAGAGGUCCACUGAGGAUGCUGGAUUGAUUCUGACUCAUCUCAUGCGAGCGGGGUGGGUUAAGGGUCUCCAGACUAGCGCGCUGGCUUUUGACAUUGCGCAGUUCUUCCCUUCUAUCAACCAUGAUACCGAGCUGUUCCACUUUUCGUGUCGACGAGACACCUACAAUCCCUCGCUGGAUUUGGGGUACGCCCCACACACCGGCACUACACCCUUGAAGCCUAAGACCUAUUGGAGGUACUUGGGCUUCUACUUUGACCACGGGCUCACAUUCCAUGAGCACGUCUGCUACUAUGCCACCAAGGCGUUCACCACUGUGCAGGCCAUGCGCAUGCUCAGGAACUCUACCAGAGGUCUCUCGCCUAAACAGCGCCACCUCUUAUAUCAGUUGUGUGUGAUUCCUAUUGCCACAUACAGCUAUCGUCUCUGGUAUUUUGACGGUGCCCAUAAUAAAGGCGUGAUGAACCAGUUAAAACGGAUGCAGCGAAAAGCUGCUCUAUGGAUUACGGGUGCUUUCCGCACCUCCCCUACAGGCGGUCUUGAGGCCUUGGCAGGUCUCAUUCCUGUCCACCUUAUGCUGAAGAAGCUGGCAAUGCGUGCAGUGUAUCGCGUAGCCACCCUCUCAGACACCCACCCUCUUCGCUCUAUGAUGGGCGAGGAACUCCUUAAGUGA